CAAAAGUUGUUGCCUCGGGGAACAACUGCAACAUACACAAUCGCAUUUUGUUCAAAAUUACCCACAAAUUACUAUACGUAUUGAAGCAUGUAAAAACAUUGCUGUCAUUGGAGACAAUAAAGCGCAGCGCUUCGUGCUGCUUUUAUAGUCACUUUGGUGCUGCUGAAUCACUUGACAGAGGUCCAUAAUUAGCCUAGGCAGUCACUCGGGGCGGUUUGUCGAGGUUUUAUAUAUUUUGGAAAUAUAGCCAUAUUUGGACCCCCGAAGACGACUGAAAGUGGGAAUAUGUCCGAAAAUAUUGAUGACGAUUUAGAGUGGUUGAUCGAGGAUGACGCAGAUGUUUCAGAAUCGAAACCUGACACAAGUGAAAAAGAAUUGGCAGAUCCAAAGCCUCCCGCACCUCAGAAACCAGCCAAUGAUGACAAUACUCAUCACACAGAUACAGACACAGAUGAUGAGGAUGAUGGUUUAACUCCUGUUGAAAGAGAAAUACUCGAGAGAAAUACUCUACUCAAUGAUGCAUCAGACAGAGAAGAAUAUGACCUCAAGUAUAAACUAGAGAAGGCAAAUGCUGAUUUAGAGAAAAUUGAUGAUAGCGAUUCAUCUCGUGAAGUUAAAGUUAUGUUCAAGAAAAAAUUAGUCGAUGUUGAAGCUCCACCUUAUGAUUAUAGUAGCGCUUCUUCUUCUUCUUCUAGUGAUUCAGAGGAUGAAACAAGCAAAUCUGUCUCGGUAUCAAAGAAAAAAUCAAGUAGUAGUUCAAGCUCAAGUUCAUCAAGUGAAGAUGAAGAAAGUAAAGACAAAGAUAUGGUUGUUGAAAGAGGCGGAAAAUUUCAACUUAUAAGCAGUUCCGAUAAACAAACUAUCAAUUCUAAUCCAUCGUCCAGCACUAAAUUCACUCCAGAAAAACCUGCAACAAGUUAUCAGUCUCCCAGAAGUUUCCAAGAACCGAAGAAACGACCAAACUCUGCUCCUGUAUCACAAUCACGAAAUAUGAGCAACCAUCAAUCCACACCAAGACCUGGAUCUGCAUCUAAAUCAAAUGAAUUUUCUCAUCUCAAGAGUCCAUAUGCAAUGUCUCCCGAAAUGAAAGAAUUAAUGAAAAAACGUGCUGCAGCUCGAGCUGCGAGAGAGGAAGAGGAGAAAGCACAAGAAAAACAGAAACAGGAAGAAAACCAACAAAAUGCAGAAUAUGCCUGGAAAUGUUGGGUUGAAAAGAAAGACGAAGAAAUGAAAGAAAGGAAAAGAUUGGAAGACGAAGAAAAGGAAAGGAAAAAAGUUAAAUAUGAUUCCAAAAAGGAAGCUGAUGAAGCUUAUGCUUUAUGGUUGAGUGAAAAAAGAAAGCAAACCAAAAAAGAUCGACUGGUCGAACAACAAAGACAACUGGAAAUUGAUGGAGGAUGGUAUCGAAGAGAUCGGAAAGAAUGCGACAAAGCUUACAAACGUUGGUUGAGACAAAAGAGCGAAGAAACUCAAAAACGACGAAUGCAAGAGAGAAAAUUUGGACAACAAUCUCGAGCUGAUGCAUAUCGUAUGAGGAAACUACAAAGACUAAUUAUGUCAAUUCAAAAUUCGCAACGACACCAGUAUUAGAAAAAUAUAUUAUUAUCUUAUUUGUCACUGUCUAAAAAUUAUUUUUUGUUACUCAUCCUCACUAUUUACUCAACAACAUUUUAAUAAAGAAAUGAUAGGAUGUUGCAUUCUGAAUUUUAUUCAAAGAAUUUGGUUCUGUUGAAUUGAAUCAAUUAAGGUAUUGUUUUUAAGUAAAAGUUGGCAUUUUUUCAGCAAAGUUGUGAUACAGUGCAGAAGUUUUGUGUCACACUUUCACAAAUUUUAUUAGACAGGUUUUCUUACCAGUUUACACCAAUGACAUGGAUAGUUCAAAUAUUUUGCAUGACGCUUCUAAAAUUGUCAUUAACUGCUUUUUAGUAGUAAUAAAUGUGAAAGUGGGUUGCCAUAAUUAAUGAUAUAGGCCAAUUACUGUAUUCCCGCAGUAUGUGCACCUAGAUGGCGGACACCGGAACAUAGCAUGUGUACCAGGUUAGGGUUAGGCUGUAUUUCAGGUACAAAUACUACGGGAGUCAUUUGGCUAGUCCCCAAACUCGUAAUAGAACUAAAGUAAGUAAAAAUGGAAUAAAAUUAUGGCUUAACCUGGUACACAUACUACGUUUCCACCAUCUUGGUGCACAUACUACGGGAGCGCCCAAUUUUCUUAGCUAUAAUUUGUCAAAUGUCUUGAUUUUACUACGAAAUAUAUCCAUUGAAAUUGUCAAAACCUAGACAGAACCUAACCAUUUGAAUAUAGGCAUUCGUUAAUAAAAUGCUUGAUUAAAUUUGAUUUCCAUCAUGAUAUUACUGUGAAGGUGGUAAUGUGUGUUUUCUCACUUUGUUUUAAGUUUGAAAACAUUUGCUGCUUAACAUGGUUCCAAUACCUGUCAAAUUUUUUUUCAAUGCAAACGAAUAUUCACUUCAACCAAGUAUUGGUGGUCUCCUGUGUGAUAUCAGCAAGCUUGGUAAAAUAUUUAGGAUAUGACGAUAGAAACGAUUAGUAAAUGUACAGUAUUUAUGUAUCACAUAUUCUGACUAACUCAGAUAAUUUUUUAUUCUAUCUCAUAGACAUAGAUGACCAGCUUCUUAUUUUUCAUUGCCAUAAUUUCAGAUUUUUUAUGAUACCCUAUUAUGUUAUAUUUUAUAAGAAAAUUUAAAAUCUAUAUUUUAUUAUAUAUCGAAGUAGCUGUAAAUGUGCACGAGUAUCCGUAGAUAAAUAAACAAGCUAAAUUGUUUUCAUUGAUAGAGCAGAAUUAGUUUUUCUGUUUUAAUAGGCUCUGCUCAUAAUUAAAACUCAUACCUAACUUCUUCAUCACUACUCUAUUAUUUUGUGCUUUCACUGUGGGUAAAACUGUGGAUGUAAUAACUGUGUAAAGCUAUGGUUGUUUAUUUUUUUUUAAAGUUGUCAAGUUAAGACAUUCAGAUUUGACUGAAGUCAAACUUUUCGAAAAAUACUGGGUAUUCAUAAAAGUCUUGAAAAGUCUAUUCAAUAAAAAAUUAUGUAUAACCUUAUUUAUAUUCUUAGAAAUUUUGUAUACUUGGCGCAAA